CAUAAGCGCAGCUCGUGGUUCACUGAGCAAAAUCUUUAGUUGUUUAACGUGCUACACCUUUUUUUUACUAUAUGAUCCUUUUUAUUUGCUCUUUUCACAGCGUUUUGGGAGCUUCUCUGUCUCAGUAAAAAUGACCACUGAGUUCAGCGAAGAUUACAGCCGCCCCUUUUGAUGAGGCUCAUCCAGAAGGCUCUCUGUGGUAAAGAUGGCCAGAGAGUGGCUGCUGGACUCGCUGAAUUUGAGCACCCUGCUCGCUUGCACCGUGCUCAAACUGCCCCAGAUCGCUUUGUUAACCCGGACCAAGUCGCCUAAAGGUAUCAGUGUGAGGGGACUAAUCCUGGAGCUCUCAGGAUAUAUUGUAUUUACCACAUAUGAGAUGUAUCAUGAAUAUCCAUUUGCAACUUACUUGGAGUACCCCAUCCUCAUAGCUCAAGACACUGUCCUCUUCCUGCUGAUCCUCCACUACAAUGGUAACCUGAGACAGAGCCUCAUCUACAGCCUCAUUUUUGUCGGAGGGUCGCAGCUCCUCAUGUUAAAGAGCUGGAUCAUUGACUCAGCAAUGAGCCUGUGUACAUUCAUUAGUGCGAGCAGCAGGUUUGCUCAGUUGCAGUGUCUGUGGCAAACUAAGGAUGCGGGUCAGGUCAGCGCUCUCACCUGGGCCAUGUCCACUUACACCUGUAUGGCCAGAAUAUUGACUACUGUUCUCACCUCUGGUGAUUUGAAAGUCCUGCUGCGGUUUGUUGUCAUGACAACACUUAAUGGCUGGGUCCUUGCUACUGUGGUCUUCUACAAGCAGAAUGGCCAAAAGCUGAAAUGAGAAAUGAGCUCCUGGGCUGCUGCUAUGGCGACAAAGUGAACGCUGGCCUUCACCCUGACACUCACUGACCAAGCUGAGGGGAACGAGAGCAGCUUUCAUUCACUCAGGGGUUAGAAACUAGUACUGUUCUUAAGCUCUGAACUUUCUAGAACUGGACAGAGUUAGAUUGUAUACUCUUACUACCACUGCAAGUGUGCAACACUCACGUAUCCAUUAUUUCUCUGUAAUGCACGCACAAUUUGACUGUACAACUAACUACUCAAGUUUGGGAACACAUAGCUUCUUGAAAUGUUUUACUACAAAUAAGCAUGUUUUUUUUGUGGGUUUGCAAUGUGGGUUUAUUUGGAGGAAAACAAUAUGGCAAACAAGUAUUUGUUACAAUAACUAAAUAAACAAGUAACCUAUA